GAAGAAGAAGAAGAAGCCGAACCGGAAAUAAUAUUUACCCUUUCCGGUUUGGCGUCUAAGGUUUUCUUUUUUUUUGUAUUUCAUUUUCUCCAUGCCAGAAUAGUAGUAUCAUGGCAAACAGAACCGUUAAAGACGCUAACAGUAUACACGGGACUAACCCGCAGUAUCUGGUGGAGAAAAUCAUCCGCACACGAAUCUACGAGUCUAAGUACUGGAAGGAGGAAUGCUUCGGUCUCACCGCCGAGCUGGUUGUCGACAAAGCCAUGGAACUUAAGUUUGUCGGUGGAGUUUUUGGUGGAAAUAUCAAACCCACUCCUUUCCUUUGUCUCACGCUGAAGAUGUUGCAGAUUCAACCUGAAAAAGACAUCAUUGUCGAAUUCAUAAAAAACGAGGAUUUCAAAUAUGUGCGUUUACUUGGAGCGAUGUACAUGAGGUUAACUGGAACUGCAGUGGAUUGCUACAAAUACUUGGAGCCUUUGUACAAUGACUACAGAAAGAUUAAGAGCCAGAACAGAAAUGGAGAGUUUGAGGUGAUGCAUGUGGACGAGUUCAUCGACGGGCUUCUUCAAUCAGAGAGAAUGUGUGACGUCAUCCUUCCUCGGCUUCAGAAGAGGCAAGUGCUGGAGGAGGCUGAGAUGCUGGACCCAAGGAUUAGUGCUUUGGAGGAGGACUUGGAUGAAGUAGAAAGCAGUGAAGAAGAAGAUGAGGAAGAAGAUAAGGUUAAAAAAUGGAGAGAAUUCAGACUCCUGAGCCUCAUAGACGUGGUUACCGUGACAAUGACAGACCUCGUCGCUCCCCAUCACCACGUUACAGACGCAGCCGUUCUCCCAGACGGAGGAGCAGGUCUCCAAAGAGGAGAAGCCCCUCACCACGGAGAGACCGCCAUCGCAGCAAAAGCCCCCGGCGCCACCGCAGCAGGUCCAGAGAGAGACGCCACCGCUCCAAAUCCCCAGGUCACCACAGAAGCCACAGACAUCGCAGCCAUUCCAAGUCCCCAGAGAGGAGUUCAAAAAAGAGUCACAAGAAGAGUCGAAGAGGAAACGAGUGAUUUUUGUUUUUCUUUUUGUUUUUAUACCAAACUUUCGGAAAUCUGGUUUCUAAUUCCUGUGUUUUUGUUUUCUUUUCCCUUGUUGUUAUUUUGUGGGGGGGGGGGGGAGUAUAAAUGUAUAAAAUAUUUCAUGUAAACAUGUUCAUUGUGCUUAGAAUGUGUUUCAUAAUCUGAUUUGAUCUUACAUUUCAAAAAUAAAGGCCCCUAAAUUGUGA